UGCCUUUAACCCGACGGGAACCGACCGUCAAAAUAUCUGAACCACCAGUAUAUAAGACGAUCUUAUUAUAAAAGGAACAAACAGUAAACUAAGUCCAAUAUUAAUGCAAGUACAUAGACGGGAUUAGGUAGAACAAACAACGAAGUUUUUCUGAAGGAUUAAAGAGCAGAGAACUAACAUUUUAUUGCGAGAAUGGCUUUUGACGCUCGACUGUGAUUAAUAAUGGCUCGCCAGGUACUGUGGAUGUGUUUAUUUUAACAAUAUUCUUAUGGAAGACUAGGUAGCAUCAACUGUCGGAAACGAUUUGUUCCAAGCUGGCGAACCUAUUGUUUUGUUUCUUUAUGAAGCGUAUAUACGUAAACCUUCUCAUUUAAUCAUUUUUAUCGGAGUCUUUUCUUAUUCAAAUUUCGAGUGGAGUAUGAUAUUAUAAUGUAAAUCGUAUUACUAUCGCGGGAGCCUUUUCAUUGUCAGUUAUGUAGUUAAAUCGUUUAUUACGGUAUACCUAAAUGUUUAUCGCAGAGAAAAGUUCGGAACAAAAUACGGAGAUAAAUGUAAAUAAAUGUUAGUAAUUUCUCUGGCAUACACCCUGUGGAUGGACUAUUUUGAGGAAUAUCGUGUAUGUUAUAGUGUUCCUGAAAAGUGUGAAGUGUGAAGAUCGGAGAAUAUUAAAGGAAUAGAGUGAUUGAAUGGUGUGAAAAUGAUAAAUUUGCGUAGUUUCAUCACUGGAUAUUAUCUCUGGCUGCCAAUUCUAUGGAUUACACUGGUUCCAGAAUGCCUUGCUCAAAUGGAGACAUUCCGAAUCGGCGGCCGCAGAGAAAACAUCACAUUUGCUGGCCUGUUCGAACCGAAGCACGAAGGUCUUGUGUUGGCGCUCCAGAACGCGGUUACCAAGGUGAACAUGCACCAGCUCGUGGGGCCCUCGCGCAAUAUCGUCAUUGACCUAGACUAUGUGGACCCAGACAACAGCUUUGAGGCCAACAAGAAAAUGUGUCGUCAGAUGCGAGGGGGAAUUGCCGCCAUAUUUGGCCCUGUCUCGGAUAUCUCACGUGCGCACGUGCAGGCCCUUAGUCAAGCGUUCGAGAUCCCGCACAUUGAAAGCGUCUGGGACGCGCGAACGCCCCGGGAAUACUUCUCUAUCAACGUAUAUCCGGACCACGAAGUGCUGUCUCAGGCGUACGCCGCUGUUCUCGUGCACUGGGAAUGGAAAGAAUUCACUGUCAUUUAUGAAGACAACAACAGCCUUAUCCGCCUUCAGAAGAUACUAGAGACCGCACGUGGUGAGGACUACAAAAUGACCAUCCGGCAGCUAGACGAGCACAUGGCUGGCUAUAUCUCUAUGCUCAAGGACAUGCACGAUAAACUCGAGUACCGCGUCGUCAUCGACUGCCACGUGGACAAGGCUAGAGACAUCUUGGACGCGGCUGAUUCUCUCAACAUGGUCAACGAUUACUUCCAUUUCCAUUUUACAACUCUGGACUUAGGUCAGCUCUCCCUGGAUAAGUUUAUGGAGAAGGGCGCCAACAUCACGGCCAUGCGCCUCAUUAAGCCGACUAAACCCGAUGUUCUAAAUAUAAUGGCGGAAUGGGGAAUCAUGGAGAACAACAUCGGCCGGUCACCACUGCUUGGCAAGUCCAUUGUAGCGACGGACACGGCGCUGAUGUACGACGCAGUCCAGCUGUUUGCCCGUGCACUGGCCAGCCUCUCCAACCAGCAGUUACAGACACAGGAGCUUUUCUGUGGCAAGCGGGAAACCUGGAAGAAGGGAAGUAACCUCCUCAACUACAUCAAGGCCAUCGACUACCAUGGUCUGUCUGGGAAGAUCCGGUUCGAGGACGGGCGCCGGAAGGACUUUGACUUGGACGUCAUCGGCCUUACCAACAAAGGACUCGUUGAGAUUGGUACCUGGAACCGGCGGACAGGCGUCAACAUCACCGUCACUCCCCAGCAGAAACAGAAAGAUGAACUUGAGCGGCUCAAGAACAUGACGCUGCGAGUCGUAACCAUCUUUGACCCUCCGUACUGUGUGGAACGGGAAGAGCCGGACGAGAAUGGACGGAUGCAAGAGGGAUUUAUAGUGGACCUGAUGGACCACCUGGCGGCGACCCUCGGCUUCAAGUACGAGAUUUACGGGCAGGACAAAAGAGCGUACGGCUCCUUGCAAAGCGACGGGAAAUGGGACGGCAUGAUUGGGGACCUUAUUGAGCGCGACAGCAAAAAUAAAGCUGACCUGGCGGCGGCGGGACUGACAAUAACAUACGAACGUGCAAAGGUGGUGGACUUUACCAUGCCCUUCCUCAACUUGGGAAUCACCAUCAUCUACAAGAAGCCGGUGAAGACGCCCCCGGACCUCUUCUCCUUCCUGUUGCCCCUCUCGAUCGAUGUGUGGAUCUACAUGAUCGCCGCCUACCUCUGCGUCAGCUUCAUGCUGUUUGUGAUCGCCAGGUUUACACCAUACGAGUGGGAAAACCCGCACCCGUGCGACCAGGAGUCGGAGGAAGUGGAGAACCAGUUUACAAUCCUCAACAGCCUGUGGUUCACCAUUGGAUCUCUCAUGCAGCAAGGCUCGGACAUCGCUCCCAAGGCGUCGUCAAGCCGCUUCGUGGCAUCAGUAUGGUACGUAUUCACACUGGUUCUCGUGUCCUCAUACACGGCCAACCUGGCGGCCCACCUCACCAUCCGCCGGAUGGAGUCGCCCAUCAAGAACGCGGAUGACCUCUCCAUGCAGACGGAAAUACAGUACGGUACCCUCCAGGCUGGAUCAACCCGCGACUUCUUCAAGAAUUCAAAUUUGUCUACAUACAAGCGGAUGAACUCAUAUUUCGAGGCGAACGCGGACAAGGUCCUGGUCAACAAUAAUGGAGAGGGGUUCAAGAGAGUUAUGGAGGAAAACUAUGCGUAUAUCGCCGAAUCGACGACCAUCGACUACAAGAUCCAACGGAACUGCGAACUUAUGCAAAUAGGAUCAAAUCUGGACAGCAAGGGAUACGGCAUCGCCGCGCCAAAAGGUUCACCGUUUAUCGGCCACAUAUCGCGGGAGAUCGUGCACUUGCAGCAACAGCAGAUAGUGGCCAAGAUCUACAAAAAGUGGUGGGUGGACCAGGCCGGCACCGUCUGUGUAAACGAGGAAGAUCCAACCACGAACAACAAUGCCCUCGGCGUCAGGAACGUGGGUGGGGUGUUUGUUGUCCUGGCCGGGGGUUCCUUGUUUGGGCUGCUUGUCUCUCUCCUUGAGUUCCUCUGGAAGGCCGCCAAGAAUGCCCGCAAAGACAAGCAAUCGUUUUGCUCAGAGCUUGCAGAAGAGUUGCGGUUUAUACUUCGAUGCAAGUCUUCCCGAAACUUUGGCGAGGAGUCCAGCAAGGAGAUGGUGGACCCACAUAAUGGAGUGAAAUACUCUCCCGCGAACACAGUGCCUAAUGAUAAAAAACACAGGGACUUACUAGAAUGACAUGGCAACUUUGUGAUACUGGAUAUUUAACGGUGUGAUAGUGUGGCUUUACGCUUAAUCAAUGAUCAAAAUUGAAAAGAGUCUAAAAAAUAAUCUUUAUUUAAUGUCACUUGGAACCUUUUGCUUUUUACUUUUCAAUUUAAAGCGUAAUUCAUUUUAGUAGGUUGGCUUUUUGCAAAAGUCCGUUGCUUCAUUUGUUUUUAUACUGUUUAUAAUAGUCAUUAUUAUGACUGGUUGUUCAAUGUGCUGUCUUCCAGAAGAGUUGAAAUAUACAAACAAGAGACUGAAAUUAAAUUUACUAGUUUUGAAAUUGGCGUGUUUCAUUGUUUUUCAUAGUGUUUAUAAUAAUGAUUAUUAAAAUGGUUGUUAAAUGUGUUGUCUUCCUGAAAAUCGCUCAUCUUCAUGAGUUGUAAUUUACAAAACUGAAGCUAAAAUUAAACUUACUAGAUUUGAAAUUGGUGUAUGAGACAUUAUAGAAUAACUGCAUUGCCACUGUGAAAGCAUAUUUCUUACAAGAAAGAAAUGUUAAGUAUACCUUGAUGAUAAUUGUAUAUACAUGUACAUGUUAAUAGAAAUCGGCUGCCCUUGGUUUCCUGUUAACCUAUCAUGUUGGAAUUUAUUUUUGAAAACUCAUUUAUAAAAUACCAGCAUUUCAGAUUUUUGUUGGAUGCUGUUAUUGCUGUAGUACUGUAGUUUGUAAACAUGUAAAGCUAAUAUAUAAUUAUAUAUGUACAUGUAUGUUUUACAUGUACAUUGCUGUUUAUUUAUUAGAUUUCGAGCCAUAUGCAUUGUAUAAAACAUGAGAUAUUAUUUUUAUAAACGUUGACCUACCAUUCCCACGUGUGUAGAAUACUUGUUUGUACAUAUUUCCCUUACUUAAAGCCUAAAGCCAUCUCAUAAAAACGCCUGUGAGGCUUUCUGCUCUUAGGAAAGGCUAUACCAAACUUGAUUCUAUGUUGAGCGAUAUUCUACAGUCACAAACCUUCCUACCAGGCAGAAUAAACAAAUGAAGAAACAAAACAAGAACACCAUUUCCCUAUUUCGUAUGUAUCUAUAUAAUUACAGUCGAACCCCGUUAACCCGAUUUUCCAGGAACUGGCCAAAAAAAUUCGAGCCUCGCUAAGAUCGAGCCAAGCGGGAAUCCUUAGUUAAAAACAAUCGGCCCGAGCCAACGAGGAAAUCGAGCCAAGCGAUUUCGAGCGAACGGGUUUCGACUGAACGGUUUUUGGUUUAAAAUAUUUGUUACAUACGAGGCUGGUGACGCUAAACAUACUAUCAAUUUGGCACGGCCUUAACUUAUAUGUACACCAUGCCGUCCUCAAGUGUAACUGUUGAAAUAUCAUAUGCAUAGUUAUACAUGUGUGAUACUUAUCUGAAAGAAAUACUGUAUGUACAAGAAUUUCUUCAGACAGAUUGAGCAGUUUCACAAGAAUUUCUGGAUUGCAUUUGAAACUAUUCGGUUAACAAGUACAUAUGAAAAAGUAAACAAUAAUACUGUGUGUUAAGGGAUAUAUUUUUAUUAUUAUUCCCGACCUUUAAUCAAAGAUGUUUUCAAAAUGGGUCGUUUUACAACUGUUUUCGUUGACAUGUCCGAACAAUGCAUCAAAAUGUAUACAAAAAUAAUACACCAAGUACAUGUUCGUUGUAAAACUAUUGUCGUAAAUUAUGCAACAUUGAAUGUUAUCGGUAACUGCUGAAUUAUCAUUUGAAAAUUGUUGAAAUUUCUAAUGAAUCAAAUUGUUACAUUAACUUCGCCAUCUUUGUACUUUCUCGCUGUCAUUCACAAUCAUUAUGUUAAAAUGCAUUUGCAUAAACGACAAUAAAAUUGUUGAAAUGUA